AUGGACAGUAAGGAAAUAGGGCAAAAGAAAAUAAAAUAUCACAACUUCAAGUUGGGAAAAGAUUUUGUUACGGAUGUGGCCCAUCACGGUGAGCUGUUGGUGGCUCUCAAUCGUCUUGGAUCGUUUGAUGUCCCAGUGUCACGGUUCUAUGCAGCGGAAAUUGUUGUCGCUCUGGAAUUUGUGCAUAACCAGUUGUUCCUGUAUGAUCGUCGGCUAAACGCGGUUUUGGUUCAGGCUACUGGUGAUCCGUUGAAGGCCAUCAGAUGCGGUGUUGUUCACCGUGAUGUGAAACCGGAAAAUGUCCUUAUUCGAAGAAAUGGUCAUAUCAUGCUUACGGAUUUUGGUAGUGCUCAAAUAUAUGACGAGAAAUUGUUCAUAGACUAUGAAGAAGAGAAUGAAUCCCCAACCCAAGUACGGCAAGCACGCCAGUACCGGCAGUAUAUGGACACUAUUGCAUCCAGUAGUACCAGUUCUUCAUUUGAAUCUGAUGAACAUAUAGGUGGUUUCGAGCAUACACGUCGGGCCACUUUUGUCGGUACUGCCCAAUAUGUUAGCCCAGAGAUGCUGCGAGGCGACGAAGUUGGACCACCAUGCGAUUAUUGGGCGCUCGGUGCUACCGUUUUCCAAAUGAUCUCAGGACAAGCUCCAUUUCGAGCUGUAAACGAUUUUCACCUGAUGAAUAAGAUUCAGAAGCUUGACUUUUCUUUUCCUCCGGAGUUCCCUGACGUUCCCAAAGAUUUUGUCUCACAACUGCUGGUGAGUGUUCAAUAUGUUUUUACAUUACUUGUUUCUUUUUGCCUACAGGUAUUGGAUCCUAUGGUUCGACUUGGGUCGAAUAAUUUGAUGGAUCUUAAGUCCCACGAAUUCUUCAGUGGAAUCGACUGGGACAACAUUAUGAGCAUGGAGCCACCGGACAUAUUUCCAUCAGUUCCGCCAGGCUUAGAAGAGGCUGAGCUCAAAUCAGUGGAUGAGAUGCCCGAGCCUGGUCUUGACGAAAAGGCUCUCAAUCGAUUGAUGAACUUGUCACUGAUGGAGAUGGGUCCUUCCAAGCAAUUAUCCCUCGACAGCGAAAUUUUGAAUACUGCCGUAGAUAUUCCAAGUGACAUGGUUGAGCUUCCCAAGGUUGACAAGAAAGCCCUAGCAGCGAGACAACGAAAGCUGGAAAAACAACGGAAAGAAAACCCCUAUCAUCUGUUCGUACAGGAUAACUUGAUCAUUCGUUCCGGUUUCAUUGACAAGAAAAAGGGUCUAUUCUCCAGAAGGCGGAUGUUCUUGCUUACUGAGGGCCCUCAUCUCUUCUAUGUUGAUCCAAACAGUAUGGAGCUGAAAGGGGAAGUUCCGUGGUCCCCAUGUAUGAGAACGGAAGUGAAGAAUUUCCGGACCUUCUUCGUUCAUACUCCCAAACGAAUCUACUACCUGUUCGAUCCGGAGUCGAGAGCUCUGGAGUGGUGCAAAGCGAUAGAUCAGGUCAAAGUACGCUAUGCGGACAAAAUAGCAGAAUCGUAUGCGAGAGCAGUAAAGGAUGGCACGUAUGGAAUGAACAAGUUCAAGAAAUCGAGUAAUUACUUUGGUGACAAACGAAAAAAGUCGGAAGAGGUUAGCGGGAAACGUGACAGCGAAUCGGCCUCUGUACCACAUUGA